AUUUUCAUUUGUCACUAUAUAAAGCGUGAAAACAUUCUACAAUUGAAACAACUCCAUGAGAGAUAGAGAAAAAUAGAAAAUAACACAAUUAUAUUUUUAAUUAAAUUUUAUUCAAUUAAUAGUUAUUACCAUUUAUUUUAUUUUCCUCCUCCCUUUGCAACUGAAUACACUCCCCCUCUCAAAAAACAAACAAACUCAUAACAAAUAAUCAAACAAAGCAAGUUCCUGUACUGUCCAUAUCCAAAAAACUGUCUCAUUCAAUAUCUGUCAGGAAGUAAGUAGCAUGUUUCAUUUUCAAUCCUUCAUAACCCAAUCUUUUGUAAAAAAUUAUUGCAAUGUUGCUGAUAUUAACUUUUUCAAUAAAAACAGACACAUUUAUUUCUUUGGAGACAAUAAGUUUAAUAUUAUUAGUCAAAUAUGUAUUUCUGACCUGUUUUGUCUGUCAUAAAAAAAUGAAAAGAAAAACUAAAUCAUAGUUAUCAAUCACAAGGCACUUUUCAAAAAAAACUAUAUGGAUUUUUUUUCUUAUUAAAUUGUAGUUUAAAGUAAAGUUAACUUUUUUGGGAAGGGGAAAGGAUAGUCUUCCUUGCAUUUCACUUUCCAGGAUUAUUUCUAGUGAAGAAAAGAGAUGUUGCCUCAAAUAAUCGGGUUACAUGAGAUUGUAUGUAAUUGCUUUGUUCUCUUUUUCAGGAUGUGAGAGCUUCAUGGUGCACUGGUGGGGAAGCUGAGUUUGUAAACUACCCCAAUGGAUGCAGAUAGUGAUGUUGCAUUGGACAUUUUAAUUACAAACGUAGUCUGUGUUUUUAGAACCAGAUGCCAUUUGAACUUAAGGAAGAUUGCUUUAGAGGGAGCAAAUGUAAUUUACAAGCGUGAUGUUGGAAAAGUGUUAAUGAAGCUUAGAAAACCUAGAAUUACAGCUACAAUUUGGUCCUCAGGAAAAAUUAUUUGCACAGGAGCCACAAGUGAAGAAGAAGCUAAAUUUGGUGCCAGGCGAUUAGCCCGAAGUCUACAGAAACUUGGUUUUCAGGUAAUAUUUACAGAUUUUAAAGUCGUUAAUGUUUUGGCAGUGUGUAACAUGCCUUUCGAAAUUCGAUUGCCAGAAUUCACAAAGAACAAUAGGCCUCAUGCCAGUUAUGAACCUGAACUUCAUCCUGCAGUAUGUUAUCGCAUAAAAGCUCUACGAGCUACAUUACAGAUUUUUUCAACAGGAAGUAUCACAGUAACAGGGCCAAACGUAAAGGCUGUUGCUACUGCUGUGGAACAGAUUUACCCAUAUGUGUUUGAAAGCAGAAAAGAAAUUUUAUAAUUCACCACUCAAUUGGUUAGGUUUCCUAACUGAGCACCUUUUAAAACUGCUGCACAUUGGACUCAAGGCGAAAGGAAAACUGGACCAACAGUAACUGAGGAAAUAGACUCUUUUAUUUGUUCAUGGCCACAGUGUAAGCUCCAGUCAGUCCCUUUGGAUUUUAUUUUGAACAGUGCUGUAAUGUAAAAAGUUUACAAGACGUGAAAUUGCUGCUUUUACAAAAGGACAUUCUAUUUAUUUUCGCAGUAAUUCUCGUGUCAUAAGCAGAGCUGUCACGGUGUGCACUACUUUUAAGACAUAUUUUGGUUGGGGUUUUUUUUUUUUUUUUUGGUUGUUUUUCAGUUUGAGCUAAUGUGUUUUAUUUGUGAAUAGUCUUUUACAUUUUUGUAUGCUGAACAUGGGCACCAAAGAAGCUGUAAAGGUUAUCUUUUUUCAAUUGAUGAAUGUGUGCACAAAUAAAAGUUUGGAAAAGA